AUGGCGGCCAUGCCGUCGGAAGAGAUAAGGGGGAGGGUGUGGGGGGGUGCAUCCGGUGCCAAGGAGGGUUUUUCAAAGUCUACAAAGAUCUCCUUUAGAGAUAAAGUCAUUGGUCCAGGGAAAUCGAAAGCCUUUGCACUUGCAGGAUCUCUAUCUGGGGAUAGUAUAGCGACAGUGGUGGGCAAGCAGGGCGAUCCCCAACCUCCAUGUGUAAACUUCACUGAAGAAGCCAAGCUUUGUUUGGCAGAGCCUUAUCGAGAAGCUUUGGUGAUAAAGGUUCUUGAUAAAAAUUAUAGUUACACAGCUCUUUCACACAAGCUUCGGAUGGUUUGGCGCAUCAAAGGUGGCUUUGAUCUGCUUGAUGUGGGGUUUGGGUACUUCAUGGUAAAAUUCGAUGCAGGUGAAGAUCGUGAAAAGGUCAUGCUUAGUGGCCCGUGGUUGAUUGAGGGACACUAUGUUGCUGUAAAACUGUGGGAUAUAGAUUUUCGGCCAUGUGAGGAAUCCUUCGGGUCUACACUUGUAUGGGUUCGGAUUUCGGGGCUCUCAAUCUGGUGCUAUCAGGAACAAGCCAUGAUGCGUAUUGCUUCUGCAAUAGGAGUUCCCAUCAAAGUGGAUUUAGCCACUAAGUUGGCUGAGAGAGGACGAUAUGCCCGAGUAUGUGUUCAAAUAAAUUUAGGACUGCUAGUGAUCAAGCAUAUCAUUGUGGAAGGCGUAACUCAUGUAGUGGAGUAUGAAAGUUUAAAUUUAAUUUGUAACUCUUGUGCACGUUAUGGUCACGAUAUGUCACAAUGCUUGGGUAGAGACUCUAGGGAAGGAAAGAGUGCUGAUUCCGAUGCCACCAAGCCACGAGACGGUACAAAGGCAGUGCUACAUCCUGAGACAAAAAUUCACAAUUCAAAUGAAGUAGAACCUGAUGUGGUAGGUGGCGUUACUGGCGAGAAUCCUACACCGAGUUUACAAAAGGAUUUAGAGGCUAAUAAUUUGGAAGGAAAUAAUGUUGAGGAGGCUUGCAUGCAUGAUGAACCAGGCUGGGAGCAAGUUGUGAGAAAAGGUAAAACCAAGCUGGGCCAGAAGCAAUCUAACAAGGUCCAAAGAGGCACUCAAUCCAGAACCGAUUCGGAUAGAGUAAUCAGGCCCACCAUCCACUUCUCACACACGAGUGGAUCCAGCUCUUAUCACGCCAGGGUCGGGUCACGAGUCAAGGUUGGACACAGCGCUUUCCGUGUUGGUGAGACGUCGAUCUCCUCAACCCGACACACCCCAGUGCCUUGCGGGUCCUCUCUCCGGAAACGACCAAGGCCGGGGUCCCUACAGAGCUCGCCAGUUGAGAAGAAUGGAGGCACGGUGGUGGAAGCAUCGUCAUGUCUUCCUGCAACCGUGAAGGAGGAUGUUACCGUGGUGGUUCCAUUGGUGAAGGAAGGCACGUUGUCGGCUGUUAUUGCGUCGGUAUGCAAGAAUAAGGAGACAUUCCAUGGAGAUCCGGAAAACCUGAAGGUCACGGGAGUCACUUCUGCUGGGCAAGCCUCGGGUGUUCACUGCAAAUGGGUUGAUGCUUUCGAUCAGUGUGUUACAGUUGAGGUUCAGUCUUCGUCUUUCUGCGGGCCAUGGAUUGUUCUUGGUGAUUUUAAUGAAGUACUAUUCUCUCAUGAAUCUAAGGGUUGCCUCUUCUCGAGUCGUCAUGCAGAUCGGCUUGCUACAUCUCUAGGGGAUAGUAAUCUGUUUGACUUGAAGACUAUUGGAAGACAGUUUUCUUGGUACAGAAGGGUUAAAAAUGGUGUUGAGGUGGCGAAAAAAUUUGACCGGGUCUGUAUCAAUAGUGGCUGGCUAUCUCUCUUUCGAGAGGCUUAUGCAAAAAUUUUAAAUAGGCUUCAGUCUGAUCAUUGUCCUAUACUAGUGCACUGUGCAGGUCGUCCCCAACCGAAAAAUAAUAGACCUUUUCGGUUUAUUGCGGCUUGGACAACUCAUCCGGAGUACAGAAAUAUUGUGAACCAGUCAUGGCAGGCUGGCUACAGAGAGAUGCAUGGCAAGCUUUCAGAAGUGUAG